AUGCGUCUACUGAACACGACAACACUAGAAUUCGCGAACUUCUUCGAUACCAAGCACCUCUCUUAUGCCAUUCUAUCGCACCGAUGGGGAGCUGACGAGGUGACGUACGAGCAAUUCCUGCUCACGCAGUCCACAGACGAUCUUCUGACCAGGCGAGAAGCACUCCAAGCGGCAACUGUGAAACGAUAUGCCGGAUACGCAAAGAUUCUUAACUUCUGUGCUUUCGCGCAACGACUCGGCCACCAAUAUUGCUGGGUCGACACCUGCUGCAUCGACAAGCGAAGCAGUGCCGAGCUUACCGAGGCAAUCAACUCGAUGUGGACUUGGUAUGCACAAGCAACAAUAUGCUUUGUCUAUCUCGCAGACGUCGCGGACUGGCGUGAUACACAGGCUCUGGACGCAGCUUUUCGUGCAAGUGAAUGGUUUAACCGCUGCUGGACACUGCAGGAACUUCUGGCUCCGGAAGAUCUGCUUUUUGUAACCCACUCGUGGUCUCCGUUCCUGCGAUUUGUGAAGUCCAGGACUCUCGACCGUAUAGGCGCUUGUAAAUAUCUGGACAGAAGCCAAGGUUAUAUCAAUGCUCUGGAUUCUCUCGUAAAUGCUUCCCGAGUGCCAAACGAUGUUUUGCUUGGCGGCAGGCAUGGAUUGCGUAAUGCUUGCAUAGCCGAGAAGAUGCAUUGGGCCGCACAUCGGCAAGCAACGCGAGCAGAAGAUGUUGCGUACAGCUUACUUGGGCUUUUCGAGAUCAACAUGCCGUUACUAUAUGGGGAAGGAGAUCGAGCAUUCAUGCGCUUGCAGCACGAGAUCAUCAGACAGGUGUCGGACGAGACUAUCUUUGCGUGGCAAGCGCCCAGAUGCGGUACUAGUCCUUAUUGCCAUGCACAGACCAAGCUCAUUCUGGCGUCGCAUCCGUCGGCUUUCAUUCACUCAGCCAGGACGUUGCGAUCACGUAUCGACGAUGACCGGACCAUCCUUGUACCCAUGCAUCAAAGCAUAUUCCGAGAACGCGAAACGCCGUUCCAACUCACGAAUCGCGGCCUCCUCAUGACUGUGGUACCCAGGAUCAUCACAAAACAAUUAAAUGGAUCUGGAGAGUGGUUGAACUGGCUAAUCAUUCCUCUUAUGUGUUUUCCAAGUAACUACACGGAGCGACAGUGCGAGAUGAUCCUGAAGGUGGGCAACAUCUUUACUACAGAGGGUUCCACUCCUGGAACCGGUGGCAUCACCGUGGUGUCGAGAGUUGGCGCAUGUAGAACGAUUGCCAGUCCAGACCAUCUCCCAUCUGAGCUCGUCCCAGCAGACCUUGAGGAGGCUGAGCAACUCGAGCAGACUUUACGCAUCUUCGCCCCGAUCGGUCUUCCGGGUGAGCCAGAGUUGAGGUUUGGGCCCUAG